CAAGAUCCAAUUUGAUGAAAAUUUCCCCGGAGUAAAUAUUUCAUUAAAGAUGUUACGUUAAGGAGUAAUAGAGGUGGGACUUAAGUAAUUGUACCAAAAUGACGUGAAGUAAAAUGAUGUAUCUAUCUGUUUCUUUUGAAAUGUUACCACAACCAUUAAUAUAGUGCUCUUGUUUUAGGCUGGCCAUGAUAGCGGGGAUUAACGCGGGUGAAAAGGUCCCGCGUCGUAAACUAUUAUACUCUUGUCACGUGGUGACUUUUGGAAAGUGAUUUAUAUUAUGGACACCGCCCUACUUCUUAUAAUACAGACCAAAGAGACAUUUCUUCCUCAUUUUAGAAUAUCCUUUCGUCAUGUCCAAUGAUAUUUCUAAAAUCCAAGAAUUAUGCCUCUGCGACAUUAUUGCCUGACGACAAUAUUUCUACAUUUGUUUUCCGUUGCUACUUUUCUUAGUUUUUGGCUGAACCAAAAAUAUUCCACCGCUUUUUACAACAAUUAUGGAAGUACAUCUUUUGAAAAGCUCCCGUCAACUAAACUUCCCAGUGAAGUUGAAAAUUACACCGUAUCAAAUCACACAAAAAAACGACACCCCCUUGCCGAGCUAUGCCUUCCAAUGGGUUUUCGCGCAGAGCUUUGUCCAAGACUCUUCAUGGGAGAUAGAACCGUUGAUGACCCCCUCAAAUUAAUGGAACGACCUGUUGUUUCGCAGUGCAAAUUACCAUUUCUUAUCAAAGAUUGUUGGAGACUGGACGAAGCACAUGAAUAUUCUAAUAAACCUGUUUCAGAGAGGGAAAAAAGUUAUCCAUUGGCCUUUGGAAUUAAAAUGCACCGCGAUCCGGACCAAGCAGAACGACUUCUUCGCACUAUAUACAGACCACAUAAUGUUUAUUGCCUUUAUGUUGAUGGGAAAACCUCAAAAAUUGUGUUCAAAAUCAUGAAACAGAUCGGAAGGUGUUUUAAUAAUGUGUUUGUUGUUGAGAAACGUUUAAAUGUCGUGUACGCAAGUUACGCACACAUGCAAAGUGAUCUCCAGUGCAUGGAAAUUCUAAGUAAGAAAUCCAAAAUCAAAUGGAAAUAUUACAUUAAUCUUACAGGACAGGAAUUUCCAAUAAAAACUAAUUUAGAAAUAGUUGAAAUAUUGUCUUCCUUGAAUGGAGCCAAUGACAUUGAAUCGUAUAAUACACCGCAGUUUUUAAAAUGGCGAUUUGAAAAGAAAUAUUACACUAGUAAUGUAAACUUGGUAGAAACUUCAGAUAUUAAGGAACCGUUUCGAUAUAAUAUUGAAAUCAGCAAAGGUAGUGCAUAUGGUGCAUUUUCAAGGAAUUUCGUCGAUUUUCUCUUGAGUGAUCGCAUAGCGAAUGAAUUCAUUCAGUGGUUGAACGAUACAUAUUCCCCAGAAGAAAAUGUCUGGGCGACAUUAAAUACCUUCCCGUGGGCUCCGGGAGGAUAUGAAACAGAGAUUCGACAUAAAUAUGGAACAUUUUUGUCUCGUGCUAUAAACUGGGAAGAUGAUAAACCUAAAUGUCACGGAAAGUAUGUCAGAAGUGUCUGCGUUUUUGGCAUCGGAGAUUUGCCAUGGCUUGCUAGUAGGCCUCAAUUAAUUGCCAACAAAUUUGAUUAUCAUUUUGAUCAUCUAGUAUUAGACUGUUUAGAAGAUCUGCUCAGAAAUAGAACGAAUGAUCCGUCCGUGCAUAGAUUAGACUGGUAUUACUACCGCACCUUGCCCCAGGCCAAAAUAUUUACAAAAUUUGAUCCAAAAUUAAGUGCUGGAUAUUUACAGAAAAAGAAGGAGGAGUGGUUGAAAAAUCAAACUUUAUCAAUUGAACCAAUCAAAUUAAAACGAGGACAGAAAGUUAAAUUUAAAUAUCUUCUUCCCGGAAGCUCAAUUCAAAUGUACACAGUGCCUAGAUAA